AUGGGCGUUCCGACUCCGGGUCUAAGCAUCCCAGACUCAAGAUCCACGGUUUCUGUAUCGGUCAUUGACUCAACCUCCAAAAUUAUCGCCAAGACCGGCAUUGUUGUCCAGCCACAUAUUCAAGGGCACGAUGAGUUCAACUGCCCAUGCUACUCAUUCCUAAUUACCCAUCCGGCAAGUGGAAGAAAGGUUCUCUUCGAUCUUGGUAUCCGCAAGGAUCCUGAGAACUUCGCACCAAGAACACGGUCGUUUGCGAGUGCUAUGACGAUAAUAUCCGAACGCAAUGUCGCCGACAUACUAGGCAAAAACGCCUCCACAAUUACGGAUAUCAUCUGGUCGCAUCACCAUUUCGACCACAUAGGAGACCCAUCGCAGUUCCCACCCUCCACUAAGCUAGUGGUUGGGCAAGGUUUCAAGGACGAGUUCUUUCCGGGUUACCCUGCCCGCGAGGAUUCAUGGAUUCUUGAGAGCGACUAUGCCGGGCGCGAAGUGCAGGAGAUUGACUUCAAUGCAAGUGAUCUGAAGCUGGGACAGUACAGUGCAUUCGACUAUUUUGGAGACGGGUCCUUUUAUCUCCUCGACUGCCCGGGACAUACUGUCGCUCACAUGAUGGGCUUGGCUCGUACACGUCCGACAAGCUUUGUGCUCAUGGCAGCUGACUGCUGCCACCACGGCGGGGAGAUUCGCCCUACACAAUUUGUUCCCUUGCCAGAAAGCAUUGACUUCAACUCCCCACGGGACCUCACAAGGGGUGCUCGCCGUGCACCGUGCCCAGGGCAACUGUUUGUCGAUGUGCACCCGAAAAGAUCGAGGACUGAGCCUUUUUAUGAGUUGAUCAAUCCUCGUGAUCUGGAUACCGUCCGGGAGGCUACGAGAAGUCAGCGAAAGCUCGAUGAAUUUGACGCCAACGACGAUGUGUUUGUCCUCAGUGCUCAUGACUCGGAUGCUGCUGAAGUCAUUGACCUGUAUCCUGCAACAAUCGACGACUGGAAAGAUCCAGGAAAAGACUGGAAAAAGAAGCUGCACUGGUUAUUCCUGCGAGACUUUCAAGUAGAGUGA